GUUGUUGGUUCUGGAUUGGAGAAGAGAACUCAGGCAUGGACAUUGUCUGGGUCCAUCCACCAAUCCACUGGAGAAAAGCACUCAUUGAGGUUCACAAAUCAGCAUGUCCAGAGAGUGCCUGCUUGGAUGUUACAGAGUGGAACCAGACCUGCAAGCACCUGAGACCAAUUCUCCAGUUUGUUAGUCAUUUUCAAUUAUAAUCCUCUCCUCCCAGCUUGGUGCCAUCUGUAAAUCUUAUAAAUGUGUGCUCCAUUCCAUUGUCUUGAUCACUGAAUAGUAUCGGAUCCAGGACCCUACUACAGUGGCUCUCAACCAGGAGUAUGCAUACCCCUAGAGGAAAGCAGAGAAAUUAAACUUCUGAACUCAACUAGUGAAACUAAAAAUGAAUUCUCAACCUGUCGUCUUUGUACAGCCCCAAUUUUCUGUGGCUACUGCACAAAGUAAUGUCUGGCAGACCGGGUUGGUGGAUUGCUGCAGUGACUGUGGAGUCUGCCUAUGUGGAGCAUUCUGUUUCUAUUGUCUUCAAUGUCAAGUAGCAAGUGACAUGAAUGAAUGCUGCUGUUGUGGCGGAAGCGUUGCCAUGAGGACUCUCUACCGGACAAGAUACGGAAUCCCUGGAUCCAUCUUCUCUGAUUACUGCACUAUCCUGUGGUGUUCUUUGUGUUCUCUUUGUCAAAUAAAGAGAGAUAUUAACAGAAGGAAGGAAAUGAGGAUAUUCUAGUAAGAUGUUCCUGUACUCGUGGGUUGUGAGUCCUAUAAUUUCCAUAAGCAAGAGUCUUCUCAUUUCCUGCUGUACUUACUGUUCAAGAAAGUGCUGUAUGCAUUUUAAUUUGAUUGUUGGAAAGCACUACUUAUCUGAAAUAAAGUAAAGUAAC